AUGAAAGUAACUCCCACUGGCUUUGCACGGAUGACACAAAUGUUGAAUGUUCUCUCGGGCGGAAAGCUACUUGUUAUUCUUGAGGGCGGGAAGAAGUUUUCUUGGGUGUUGAAAUCAGAGUCUACUGAAACUGUUGUUGACGAAGAAAGGAGUAACAGAAUUACAUUUACGAAAAAAGCCUACCACACAUCAUCUGUACCUAGAGCUUUUUGUUGCCCAAAAGGUUCAUCAACACCCUAG